CAUUCCGAUAAAAAUACAAUCGUGCUUUGCUAAUAUGCCACCGGGAUCUGCCUCAGUCUGUAUCUAGCUGUAGAACGCUUCAAUGCCUACAAUGAACCGAAUACACAGCCCGCAGCAGGUUUAUGCAGCUCGGCAAGCCAUAUCGUGCGUUCCAAAUCCCGGAAGUUGUGUUUGAUUGACCUUUGCCGGUGAAUUACACCCGGAAGUACAUUGGACUGCAUGAAGCCGGCGUGACUUUCACAGAUAACCUGACAAUCAUGAGACUUCUGCGGGAGGCUUCUAAGCUGGGCUCUCAGGCCCUACGGUAUAGUGGAAUUACACGGAACAAACCGCUUCCCCUCACUUUCUGCAGGUACUGUUCCUCAGGCAUCGUUCCAAAUGAAAGGAUACGAAACAUUGGCAUUUCUGCUCACAUUGAUUCUGGCAAAACCACCCUAACAGAACGUGUUUUAUACUACACUGGCAGAAUAGCACAGAUGCACGAGGUGAAAGGUAAGGAUGGCGUUGGUGCUGUCAUGGAUUCAAUGGAGUUAGAACGUCAGAGAGGGAUCACAAUCCAGUCAGCAGCCACCUACACAAUGUGGAAGGACACUAACAUUAAUAUUAUUGAUACACCAGGUCAUGUGGACUUUACAAUUGAAGUGGAGCGAGCCCUGAGGGUUCUUGAUGGGGCUGUGCUUGUACUAUGUGCUGUUGGUGGUGUACAGUGUCAGACAAUGACUGUAAAUCGACAGAUGAAGAGAUACAAUGUCCCCUUCCUAACAUUUAUAAACAAGUUGGACCGACUGGGCUCUAAUCCAAAUAGGGCUGUGCAGCAACUUAGGUCAAAGUUAAAUCACAAUGCUGCAUUUGUCCAGAUUCCCAUUGGAAUUGAAAGUAAAUUUAAAGGAAUCAUAGACCUUGUUGAGGAGCGAGCCAUGUAUUUUGAUGGGGAAUUUGGGCAAACUAUGCGUUAUGAAGAUAUUCCAGCUGAAUUUAGGGCAGAGGCUAUGGAUCGCCGUCAGGAGUUAAUAGAAAGUGUUGCUAAUUCAGAUGAGAUCCUGGGGGAAAUGUUUCUGGAAGAAAAGAUCCCCACUGUAUCCGACCUUAAGCUUGCCAUCCGCAGAGCCACUCUGAAGAGGCUUUUCACCCCAGUUCUAGUGGGCAGUGCAUUGAAGAAUAAAGGUGUCCAGCCCCUUUUAGAAGCAGUUUUAGAGUAUCUUCCUAAUCCAUCAGAAGUCCAAAAUUUUGCUAUUCUCAAUCACGAGAAUUCUGAGGAAGCCACCAAGAUUCUAAUGAACUCUGUCAGGGACAGCUCCCAGCCGUUUGUGGGCCUUGCGUUUAAACUGGAAGCUGGACGAUUUGGCCAACUUACAUACGUCAGAGUUUACCAAGGAAUGCUCCAGAAGAGUGACUAUAUCUUUAACACACGAACAGGCAAAAAAGUGAGGGUGCAGCGCUUGGUUCGUCUCCACGCUGACAUGAUGGAGGAUGUUGAAGAAGCUUACGCAGGUGAUAUAUGUGCAUUGUUUGGCAUUGACUGUGCGAGUGGAGACACCUUCACAAGUAAAUCCAACGAUAAUCUCUCCAUGGAAUCCAUACAUGUACCAGACCCAGUGAUUUCUGUAGCCAUGAAACCAACCAACAAAAAUGAUCUGGACAAAUUCUCAAAGGGUAUCAGUCGCUUUACCAGAGAAGAUCCAACAUUUAGGGUUCACUACGAAGUGGAGAGCAAGGAGACAAUCAUUUCUGGCAUGGGGGAAUUGCAUCUGGAAAUCUAUGCUCAACGGAUGGAAAGGGAAUAUGCCUGUCCUUGUGUUAUGGGUAAACCUAAAGUUGCCUUUAGGGAGACAAUCAGCAAAACGGUGCCGUUUGACUUUACGCACAAGAAGCAGUCUGGGGGUGCUGGGCAGUAUGGAAAAGUCAUUGGAUUUCUUGAACCUCUUGAGGCAGAAAACUACACAAAAUUGGAGUUUGAAGAUAAAACUGUUGGAACAAAUGUCCCUAAGCAGUUUGUGCCUGCAGUUGAAAGGGGUUUCCGAGAGGCUUGCGAGAAAGGGCCCCUCACAGGACAUAAGAUAUCUGGGCUGCGCUUCGUCCUAGAGGAUGGUGCCCAUCACAUGGUGGAUUCAAAUGAAAUCUCUUUCAUCAGAGCAGGAGAGGGUGCACUGAAGCAAGCUAUGGAAAAUGCCACUGUUUGCAUCCUGGAGCCAAUAAUGUCUGUGGAGGUUGUGGCCCCUUCUGAAUUCCAGGGCCCUGUAAUAGCUGGGAUUAAUCGCAGACAUGGGGUGAUUGUAGGACAAGAUGGAUCAGAAGGCUAUUUCACUCUCUAUGCAGAUGUCCCACUAAAUGAUAUGUUUGGCUAUGCAUCAGAACUUCGGUCAUGCACAGAGGGGAAGGGUGAAUAUACAAUGGAGUACAGCAGAUACCAGCCCUGUUUGGCCAGUACUCAGGAAGAACUGAUCAACAAGUAUCUGGAAGCCACAGGGCAACUUCCAGCAAAGAAAGGAAAGGCCAAGAGCUGAUUGUGUUACUUCGAGCUACUUUCUUACACCCCCAGCAGGCUACAAACAGGGACAGCUUUUUGUUCUGUAUAUAAAACGUGUCUAACAAACAUCUUUUUUUAUUAGUCUGCUUUCCUAACGAUGGGAAUGUUUUUCUCUCAGUGGACAGUGGUCUGUUAACCCUUAUAACAAACAAACAUCAGUGGUUUAUAGUUGGUUUUUGUAAAACCUAUUGAACAUGCUUUGCACCCUUGGGAAAGACCUUGAGCAGCACCUUGGACUGUUUAUCUGAUACAGGAGGGAUCUGCUCUACAUAACAACCACAGGAGGAACUAUGCGGGGGACUAUGCACAUUUAUUGCUUAUUCUGGCGCACUGCUUUAACCAUUCUCUUAAAUUAUUCAAGAUCUAUUCUGGGAGGGAAUGCAACACUGAUUUCUUUGACCUUUGUGAAAACAUCUCUUGUGCAGUUUCUACUUCCCUUUUCAUGGAAGAGAAGAGACCAGAGGCCUAGCUUCCCAUUCUCACACCUGUAUUUCCACUUUGGAAUAAAGCAAACUUGACCAUGAAUUAUAUGUUUGAAAAUGAUUUGGUUUCUUUGCUUGGCUGUGUGCUUUUAUAUAAUAUCUGUGGGCAAGAGCAGAGAUGUAGAAACUGGAGCCCACUAACUGUAAUGUAAAUGCAAUUUUCCCCCUCCAACAGCCUUAGCUUGCCAAGGGUUUUUUGGUGUAGUAGUGUUGCAGCAACUGGGUGUGCCUAGAAUGGAGCAAGGUACAGUAAUUACACCAGGCAAUCCAGUGGCAAUGUCAUGUGCAGCCUGUUCCUUGGGUGAAUAAUGCAUUUCAUCAUUUUGGGAAGUUUGUUGUCUGAAUGCUGGCACCUGGCACUCUAAUUACUGCUCAAGUCUGGGGCCGGUAUGACUUAUUUACGUCAUAGACCUGCCCCUCACUGGUCCACCCCCACCCAGCUGGUAUUGUAAGCUGGAUAAGGUGCCUACCCUAAGUGAAAUCCUAAACUGUGAAUAGUGCCAACCCUUCAUUUGCAUUCAUGAUUGAACGUUUGAAUUAUGCCACUAAUCAUUGUGUUAGGGAGAAUUAUUACCAAAGCUGCCCUCGGGGCUGCGCUGAGAUACUUUGAGAUGCCACAUGUUGCUGUGAGACCCUGUGGAACAUUAUGGGCACUAAAGCUUUGCAUCCAAGUUACCACAUCACAUAGGGCCAUAAAGCUGGCUCUCGCUGAGUUUAGUUGUUAUGGACUAGAGUUCCCAGCAUUCCUUGGCAGAUGAAAUCUAUUGCUGAAUGCCAUAAACUGUAGUCAAACACUACAGGACCACAAAUUUGAAACUUUCUUUUUCAAGAAACUGUACGGCCAUCUGCCCAAUGCAUAACCUUGUACAUUAGUCAUGUAUCAGCUAGUAUGUGGGCAUUUGUCCACAAGGUAACACAGGCUGGCAGAGAAACUGCUACGUAACUGAUGCAAAUACUGUAAGGCUUUGAAAUGGUUAAACAAAAAUGAUUUAUAUUUUUAUAUCUGUUUCUACUAACACAAGACAGAGUCUGGAUGUCAGACUGGGAAAAUGUUAUUUAUUACUUUGAUUUUUAUCCCUUGUCAUUUGUUCAUGUUAUUGAAUGUAAUGGGUAGGACCCCUGUGUGGGACAUCACUGAUUGUUUCUCUCUGUUACACAUACUGCUCAUAUACUAAAUGAAACCAAACAAAUGUACACAUGCAUGUCACACAUGAUGGACUGUUUUGUCUGCCACUCCAUCCAACUGUAAACAGCUGCAAACACCCCUCCCUACCUGUUAAAGGGGAAAUUUACAUCUCCUUAUGCAUAAUAAAUAUCACUUGUUCUUGAAA